ACACAAUCAACAUCUCUAAUUAUAAUAAUUUGGUUUUAUUUCACGGCAAAACAAACAACAACCACAAAAGCAGCAUCAAAGCUGCUCCUAAAUUGUUGUAUUAAAUAAAUUCAAACUGUGGAAAGUAUUUGAAAUCGAUAUAGACAUCGAUAGGCAGAAUCACAAACACCUAGUCACUGCAACGACGCUCCCAAUAGGAACGCGCCAACGGUAAUAAAAAAGACAACAACAAGCGGCUUAUCAGCAAAGAGACAACAACAAAAAGUGCCCCAUAUUAAUUAAUAGCUUCAGAGUCAAACAUUAACAAAACGAAAAACUCAAUUCUCCUGUAGCGUUUGUCAUCGCAAAACCAUCGACAAUUGCACUAAGAUAAUUUAGCCCGGUGUUGAUUCUGUGACGUGUCCGCAAAAAUUAACCAGCGAUUAUACAAAAAGAAAAAUGUGCGGAUCUCCAAAGACAACGGCUGGCACCGGCGCCCGUGCCCUCAUUCUGGUGGGCGGUUAUGGGACACGUCUGCGUCCGCUGACACUGAGCACGCCCAAGCCGCUGGUGGAGUUUGCCAAUAAGCCUAUUUUGCUGCAUCAAUUGGAGGCGCUCGUCGAUGCCGGCUGUCGUCAGGUCAUUCUGGCGGUUAGCUACCGAGCGGAGCAAAUGGAGCAGGAGCUGAAAGUGGAGGCCGACAAGCUGGGAGUGGACCUGAUCUUUUCACACGAAACCGAACCGCUGGGCACAGCUGGUCCCUUGGCCCUGGCCAAGCCUCUCUUGUCCGCCAGUGCGGAACCCUUCUUCGUACUCAAUUCGGAUGUGAUUUGUGAUUUUCCAUUUAAGCAACUGGUGCAAUUCCAUCGCAAUCACGGUAAAGAGGGCACCAUUGUGGUGACCAAAGUGGAGGAGCCUUCCAAAUAUGGUGUUGUACUCUACGAUGAACUGGGUUGCAUCAAGAAUUUCAUUGAGAAGCCGCAGGAGUUUAUCAGCAACAAAAUCAAUGCGGGCAUUUACAUUUUUAAUCCAUCGGUCUUGGAACGCAUCGAGGUGAAGCCCACGUCCAUUGAGAAGGAGGUGUUUCCCGACAUGGCGCUGCAGCAGCAGCUCUACGCCAUGGAGCUGACCGGCUUCUGGAUGGAUAUUGGACAGCCCAAAGACUUUCUAACCGGGAUGUGCCUUUAUCUUAGCUCGCUGCGUCAGAAGCAAUCACCCAAAUUGUAUACUGGACCCGGCGUUGUAGGCAAUGUGCUGGUGGAUGCCACAGCUAAAAUCGGCGAGGGUUGUCGCAUCGGGCCGAAUGUAACAAUUGGACCCGAUGUCAUCAUCGAGGAUGGUGUCUGCAUUAAGCGCUCAACGAUUUUGAAGGGGGCAAUUGUGCGUUCGCAUUCCUGGCUGGACUCCUGCAUUGUGGGCUGGCGCUCGACUGUCGGUCGCUGGGUGCGCAUCGAAGGCAUCACUGUGCUCGGCGAGGAUGUCAUUGUCAAGGACGAGCUGUAUGUGAACGGUGGCCAGGUGUUGCCGCACAAGAGCAUCGCUGCCAGUGUGCCGGAGCCCCAGAUAAUUAUGUGAAGCAAAUAUUUAUUUGCCAUUUUUUUUUGUAAAUAGUAUUUAAUUAUUUUUGUCAUCUGGUAUUCGAUGCACCGAUUGCCUUGUGUGUGUGUGCGCGAGUGUGUGUUUGUGUGUGUGCGUGUUUGUUUAAAUGUUGCUAACGUUUAAGCUGAAUGUUUUGCCAAUAUUCUAAAUUACAUUUCCAUUAAUUAGCCUGGCUAAAAGUGCAUAAUUUACUUAAGACUUUGAACGCAAUUUCAAAUGAAGUCCGAAAUGCAGUUAAUGCAACAGCAUUGACCAAUACUUUUUCACUAACAAUGCAUAAGUAUUUUUAUACAGCUAUAUUGUAGUCAAAUAUACGAAAUAUAAAUAUAUUAUAUGUAUUAUAAAAUUUAAAAAAAAAACCCAU